CCAUGUCGUGACCAUGUCCAGGGAACCAAAACCGAAAGUGAAAAAGAAUAAGAGACGCCAUUCCGAGACUUUAACAAGAAACACUGCAUUUAAACGCCAGUAUUUUGUGGUCUGAAAUCAGUCUCUAAACAGUCUGAGAGAGGAAAACCAGGCUUUAGUGACUUUACCAGUCACUGCCUCUAAAAUGAGUCUCAAUGAGGAGAGCAAGGAGGGCACUGCCUCUAAAACAAGUUCCUUCGAGCAAAAAGAAGAAUAUGGUGCUAAUGAGUAUCAGAUGCAAAGAGCAGCAUCUCCAGCAUCAAGUUUUCUGUCUAUGAAGAGCGACGACUCUAUGAUGCGUCCUCCUGAAUUCAGUGAUGGAGCAGAGACCUCAGACCCCAGGAUCAACAGGAGGAAGAGUCAGGAAGCAGCAUGUCCAGUAUCAAGUUGUCUGUCUAUGAAGAGUGAUGACUCUAUGAUGCGUCCCCCUGAAUUUAGUGAUGGAGCAGUGCCCUCUGGCCUCAGUAGCACCAGGAGAAUGAGAAAAAGAGAAUCAUCUCCAGAACCUAGCUGUGUGUCUAUGAAGAGUGACAACUCCAUAAAUGCUCCCCCUAAAUUCAGUGAUAAAGCAGUGACCUCUGACCUCAGUAUCUCCAGGAGGACGAGAAAAAGAGAAUCAUCUCCAAAACCAAGCUGUGUGUCUAUGAAGAGUGACAACUCCAUAAAUGCUCCCCCUAAAUUCAGUGAUAAAGCAGUGACCUCUGACCUCAGUAUCUCCAGGAGGACGAGAAAAAGAGAAUCAUCUCCAGAACCUAGCUGCGUGUCUAUGAAGAGUGACGACUCCAUGAUGCGUCCCCCUGAAUUUAGGGAUGGAGCAGUAAUCUCUGACCCUUCGUGGGAGAUGAAUGAGACAAAGUCCUGUCAGACCCACAUCAGGCAGCACAACACAGGAUCUGACCUGCAGGAGAAGACUGAAGGCCUGCAUCAGGAUUCUCACCAUGAUGUCCUGCAGAGAGUCAAAGACCAACACAAAACCAGCAUGAAGAACAAGUAUGAGAGUUUAUUUGAGGGAAUCAAACUACAAGGGAAUCAAACCCUCCUAAACAAGAUUUACACACAGCUCUACAUCAUAGAAGGAGAGAGUGAAGGGGUGAAUGAAGAACAUGAGGUUUUACACAUGGAGAAAACAGCCAGAACUCAACAUUUACAAGACACUCCAAUCUACUGCAAUGACAUCUUUAAACCCUUACCUGAACCAGGAUGUGAGAAGAGAAAAGACCAAAUAAAAUCUGUUCUCACUAAAGGCAUCGCUGGAAUUGGAAAAACAGUCUCUGUGCAGAAGUUCAUUCUGGACUGGGCCGAGGGAAAUGCCAAUCAGGAUGUAGAUUUCAUGUUUGUGCUUCCAUUUCGAGAACUAAACUUGAUUAAAGAUGAGCCGUACAGUCUUCACAAACUUCUGCUGGACUUUCAUCCUGAACUUCAUGAUCUGGACACAAAGAUUUAUGAUGAGUGUAAAGUUGUGUUCAUCUUUGAUGGUCUGGAUGAAAGCAGAAUUCCACUGAUGUUUUCAGACAGUGAGAAAGUUUCUGAUGUGACUGAGACUUCAUCAGUGAGUGUGUUGAUGUCAAACCUCAUCAAAGGAGAUCUGCUUCCCUCUGCUCUCAUCUGGAUCACCUCCAGACCAGCAGCAGCCAAUCAGAUCCCCUCCAAAUACAUCAAGCGUGUGACAGAAAUUCAGGGAUUCAAUGACCCUCAGAAGGAGGAAUAUUUCAGGAAGAGAAUCAGUGAUGAGCAUCAAGCCAGCAGAAUCAUCUCACACAUUAGAAGAGCAAGAAGCCUCCACAUCAUGUGCCACAUACCAGUCUUCUGUUGGAUUUCAUCCACUGUGCUUCAAAACAUUCUUAAACAAGAUGACAGUGCAGAAAUCCCUCAAACUCUGACUGAAAUGUACAUCCACUUCCUGCUUAUUCAGAUCAAUAUGAGGAAUCAGAAGUAUGAAGAGAGAGAUCCAGAGAAACUCCUGCAGUCCAACAGUGAAGUGAUUGUGAAACUUGCUGAACUGGCUUUCAAACAGCUGAUGAAGGGCAAUGUCAUGUUCUAUGAGGAGGACCUGAGAGAGAGCGGCAUAGACGUCACUGACGCCUCAGUGUAUUCUGGGAUCUGCACUGAGAUCUUUAAGGAGGAAUCUGUGAUUCAUCAGAGGAAAGUCUACUGCUUCAUACAUCUCAGCUUUCAGGAGUUUCUGGCUGCUUUCAAUGUAUUUUACUGCUAUUUAUGUAGCACUAAAGAAGCACUUUUUGAUUCAUUGCAUAAUCUCCAUAAAAGAGCAGUAGAUAAAGCCCUGCAGAGUGCAAAUGGACACCUGGAUCUUUUCCUGCGAUUCCUGCUGGGCAUCUCACUGGUGUCCAAUCAGAGACUCUUACAGGAUCUACUGACACACAAUGAGGACACAUCAGAGGACAUCAAGAAAACAACAAAGUACAUUAAAAAUGCAGUAAAGAAUGACAAGCGUCUCUCAGCUGAUCAAUCCAUCAAUCUGUUCCUCUGUCAGCUGGAGAUGAAAGAUCAGACUCUGUACAGAGAGAUUCAUAAGUUUCUGAAAUCAGACAAAAACUCAAUAAAAAAUAAACUCACUCCUGCUCAGUGUUCAGCAAUUGCCUAUAUGCUUCAGAUGUCAGAGGAGGUGCUGGAUGAGCUGGACCUGAAGAAAUACAACACAUCAGAGGAGGGUAGAAGAAGACUGAUACCAGCUGUGAGCAACUCCAGGAAAGCUCUUCUUGCUAACUGUAAUCUCACCGGUCAGCACUAUGAAAUUGUGGCUUCAGCUCUACAGUCAUCAAAUUCAGUCCUGAGAGAGUUGGACCUCAGUAACAAUGACCUGCAGGAUUCAGGAGUGAAGCUGCUCUCUGAUGCACUGAAAAAUACAAACUGUACACUGGAGAUAUUGAGGUUAUCUGGCUGUAUGGUGACAGAGGCCGGCUGUUGUUAUCUGGCUUCUGCUCUAAGAUUAAACCCCUCACACCUGAUAGAGCUGGAUCUGAGCUACAAUCACCCAGGAGAAUCAGGAGUCAAUCUGCUCUCUGAAAGACUCAGUGAUCCAAACUGCAAACUGAACAAACUCAAUGUGGACCAUAAUGAACCCUUCAGAAUCAGACCAGGACUACAAAAAUAUCUUUGUGAUCUCACACUGGAUCCAAACACAGCUCAUCCUAGCCUAAAGUUGUCUGAGGGGAACAAAAAGGUGACAUACGUGAAAGAGGUGCAGUCAUAUCCUGAUCAUCCAGAGAGAUUUGAGAACCAGGAGCAAGUUCUGAGUAAAGAGAGUCUGUCUGGACGCUGUUACUGGGAGGCUGAAUUGGGUGGCGAGGGUCGUAUAGCAGUGACAUAUAAAACAAUCAGCAGAAAACAAGGACUUAGUUGUCGGUUUGGACUCAAUGAACAGUCCUGGUGUCUUUAUUGGAUUGACAGGAGUGACGUUUACGCUGUCUGGCACAAUAAUAAAAACAUUGACAUACCUGCCCCCUCACCUCCCUCUAACAGAGCAGCACUAUAUCUGGACUGGUCAGCUGGCACUCUGUCCUUCUACAGCGUCUCUGACACACACACACUCACACACUUACACACAUUCAACACCACAUUCACUGAACCACUCUAUGCUGGAUUUAGGCUUUUUCCUGAUUCCCCAGUGUCUCUGUGUCAGUUUGAAAAAUCUCAGGAAGUAGGAGUCACUUCCUCUAAAAUGAGUCUCAAUGAGGAUAAAGACGAGAGAACUCACUCUAAAACAAGUUUCUGUGAGCAAAAAGAAGAAUAUGUUGCUGAUCAGUACCAGAUGCAAAGAACAGCAUCUUCAGGAUCAAGUUGUCUGUCUAUAAAAAGUGAAGAAUACAUGAGGAAUCUUAACCCUGUAUCCAGUGAUAAAGCAGAGACCUCUGACCUCAGUAUCACCAGAAAAAAUAAAAAAAGAGGACCAUUUCCAGAACCCAGCUGUGUGCCUAUGAUGAGUGAUGACUCUAUGAAGCAUAUCCCUGUAUAUAGUGAUGGAGCAGUGACCUCUGACCCUUCGUGGGAGAUAAAUGAGAUGAUUAGAUCUGUGAAGACCUGUCAGACCCACAUCAGGAAGCAAAACACAGAAUCUGUCCAUCCGACUCACACACUGCUGGAGGAGACUGAAAACCAGCAGCAGGAUCCUCACCAAGCAGUAGAUGAUGUUCUUCAGAGAGUCAAAGACCAACACAAAACCAGCAUGAAGAACAAGUAUGAGAGUUUAUUUGAGGGAAUCAAACUACAAGAGAAUCAAACCCUCCUAAACAGGAUUUACACACAGCUCUACAUCAUAGAGGGAGAGAGUGAAGGGGUGAAUGAAGAACAUGAGGUUUUACACAUGGAGAAAACAGCCAGAAAUCAACACUUACAAGACAAUCCAAUCUACUGCAAUGACAUCUUUAAACCCUUACCUGAACCAGGAUGUGAGGAGAAGAGAAAAUACCAAAUAAAAUCUGUUCUUACUAAAGGCAUCGCUGGAAUUGGAAAAACAGUCUCUGUGCAGAAGUUCAUUCUGGACUGGGCCGAGGGAAAAGCCAAUCAGGAUGUAGAUUUCAUGUUUGUGCUUCCAUUUCGAGAGCUGAACUUGAUUAAAGAUGAGCAGUACAGUCUUCACAAACUUCUGCUGGACUUUCAUCCUGAACUUCAUGAUCUGGACACAAAGAUUUAUGAUGAGUGUAAAGUUUUGUUCAUCUUUGACGGUCUGGAUGAAAGCAGAAUUCCACUGAUGUUUUCAGACAGUGAGAAAGUUUCUGAUGUGACUGAGACUUCAUCAGUGGGAGUGUUGAUGUCAAACCUCAUCAAAGGAGAUCUGCUUCCCUCUGCUCUCAUCUGGAUCACCUCCAGACCAGCAGCAGCCAAUCAGAUCCCCUCCAAAUACAUCAAACGUGUGACAGAAAUCCAGGGAUUCAGUGACCUUCAGAAGGAGGAAUAUUUCAGGAAGAAAAUCAGUGAUGAGCAUCAAGCCAGCAGAAUCAUCUCACACAUUAGAAGAGCAAGAAGCCUCCACAUCAUGUGCCACAUACCAGUCUUCUGUUGGAUCUCAUCCACUGUGCUUCAAAACAUCCUGAAACAAGAUGACAGUGCAGAAAUCCCUCAAACUCUGACUGAAAUGUUCAUUCACUUCCUGCUCAUUCAGAUCAAUAUGAGGAAUCAGAAGUAUGAAGAGAGAGAUCCAGAGAAACUCCUGCAGUCCAACAGAGAAGUGAUUGUGAAACUUGCUGAAUUGUCUUUCAAACAGCUGAUGAAGGGCAAUGUCAUGUUCUAUGAGGAGGACCUGAGAGAAAGUGGCAUAGACAUCACUGAUGCCUCAGAGUAUUCUGGUAUCUGCAUUGAGAUCUUUAAGGAGGAAUCUGUGAUUCAUCAAAGGAAAGUCUACAGCUUCAUACAUCUCAGCUUUCAGGAGUUUCUGGCGGCUUUAUAUGUCUUUUACUGCUAUUUACUUAGCACUACAGAAGCACUUUUUGAUUCACUGCAUAAUCUUCAUAAAAGAGCAGUAGAUAAAGCCCUGCAGAGUGCAAAUGGACACCUGGAUCUUUUCCUGCGAUUCCUGCUGGGAAUCUCACUGGAGUCCAAUCAGAGACUCUUACAGGAUCUACUGACACACACAGAGAACAGCUCAGAGAGCAUCAAGAAAUCCUCACAGUAUAUUAAAGACAAAAUAAAGGGUCAGAGUAUUGAUGAUGUCUAUGUUGAUGAUGAUGAUGAUAAUAACGAUGAUGAACUUUUCUCAGCUGAAAGAUCCAUCAAUCUGUUUCUCUGUCAGCUGGAAAUGAAAGAUCAGACUCUGUACAGAGAAAUUCAGGAGUUUCUGAAAUCAGACAAACACUCAGAGAGUAAACUCUCUCCUGCUCAAUGUUCAGCAAUUGCCUACAUGCUUCAGAUGUCAGAGGAGGUGCUUGAUGAGCUGGACCUGAAGAAAUACAACACAUCAGAGGAGGGUAGAAGAAGACUGAUACCAGCUGUGAGCAACUGCAGGAAAGCUCUUCUUGCUAACUGUAAUCUCACUGGUCAGCACUGUGAAACUGUAGCUUCAGCUCUACAAUUAUCAAAGUCCCUCCUCAGAGAGCUGGACCUCAGUAACAAUGACCUGCAGGAUUCAGGAGUGAAGCUGCUCUCUGAUUCACUGAAGAGUACAAACUGUACACUGGAGAUAUUGAGGUUAUCUGGCUGUAUGGUGACAGAGGUUGGCUGUUGUUAUCUAGCUUCAGCUCUGAGAUCAAAUCCUUCACACCUGAUAGAGCUGGAUCUGAGCUACAAUAACCCAGGAGAAUCAGGAGUCAAUCUGCUCUCUGAGAGACUCAGUGAUCCAAACUGCAAACUGAACAAACUCAAUGUGGACCAUAAUGAACCCUUCAGAAUCAGAUCAGGACUACAAAAAUAUCACUGUGAUCUCACACUGGAUCCAAACACAGCUCAUCCUAGCCUAAAGUUGUCUGAGGGGAACAAAAAGGUGACACAUGUGGAAGAGGUGCAGUCAUAUCCUGAUCAUCCAGACAGAUUUGAGAACCAGGAGCAGAUUCUGUGUAGAGAGAGUCUGUCUGGACGCUGUUACUGGGCCGCUGAAUUGGGUGGCGAGGGUCGUGUAGCAGUGACAUAUAAAGGAAUCAGUAGAAAACAAGGGAUUAAUUGUCGGUUUGGACUCAAUGAACAGUCCUGGAGUCUUUACAGGAUUAACAGUGGUAAUGUUUAUACUGUCUGGCACAAUAAUAAAACCAUUAACAUACCCGCCCCCUCACCUCCCUCUAACAGAGUAGGAGUGUAUCUGGACUGGUCAGCCGGCACUCUGUCCUUCUACAGCGUCUCUGACGCAGACACCCUCACACACUUACACACAUUCCACUCCACAUUCACUGAACCACUCUAUGCUGGAUUUAGGCUUUAUCCUAAUUCCCCAGUGUCUCUGUGUCAGAUAGAAAACCAUCAGGUGAGAAAUAACUGAAGAUGAUUCACUCUAGGCUCAUGCAUUUCAAUCUUGAAAAAUAUUUAUCACAGACAUAUUAUGCAAACUAGUGCUGCAACAACUAGGGGAUGUGACCCAAUUAAGCCCACGUACCAUAUAAGCCCACUUACUGUUUUAUUUUGAAAUAUAAAAAAUACAGAAAGCAAGAGAAAAGCAAUUUGUUGCAAAGGAAAUGCACACAUUUGUUUGUAUCAUUUUACUUUUUAUUUGGAGCCAAUCAAAUUUUUCAUUCUUGAGUUAUUUGAGAACAUGUGCUAACACUGUUCGCGGCCAUUUUGGAAGUUGCUCCAAAACUUCACUGUUUUUGAUUACCUCAAUUUUUCUGGAGUCAGAUGAACACACCAGGUGAGGAAUGAUAAAAAUUAAAAAAAUUAAGAGAUUAAUAAACCAAAUGAUACUUGAUAUUAUUUUAUUUGUAUUUAACAGCAAUACUUUGUAUUUUAAAAGAUGGAUUUCAUGAGUAUCUGGAGCUAGUGCAAGAAUCUCACAAAGAUAGAUGCAGUCAAAGAAAAUAAAUUAAUAAAAACUAAAUUAAAAUAUUUAAGAAGCUUCUUGAGUUUAAACAAGAUUUAGUGCUCUGUCUGUAAUUAUAAUCCAGAAAUAUAACUUUGUUUUCAUGUGGGAUUAAAAGGAACAGAGCCUUUGAAAAGUCUCUUUGCUCAAAGCUUAAAAGCAAAAAUAAUUAUUUUCUUUAAACAACAAUAACAAAUAUGUUCUAUGUUGUAAAAUAUAGUGUGUUUUAUUCAUUCAUAUUAUGUGUUUACAUUGACACUGCUUUAAAUUAUUUCGGUUUAUUUUCCUCUGACCCCUAUUGUUCCUAAUAAGCCCUCUGAGCAAACACCCCAUUGAACCUCAUAUUAAACUGAACUCCUUGUCAACGCUACAUACUGAAUUUAUUUUCAUUACAGUUAGAAAAUGAAUAGGCAAAGAAAAUAAUUAUUAGGACUGUCAGAAUUUAAAUAUUUAAUUUACUGGUUAUGAUAUGUGAGGUCUAAAUAUCUAAAUCAAAAUUGAGGUGUUUAUUAAGAACACGUGGGUGUAAAUGGUACAACUCCAGGCUUUUCUCAUUUGCAGUUAAAUAAAGUAACUUAAAUUUGUCCGUUUAUCACAAAGCAUAACACGAGUGUUUAGAUGAGAGAUUAAUCUUUGAUUUAAUACUUUGAAUAAUAUUGAAAGGCUGUUAACAUUUAUAUAAGUAAAACAUAGAUUUGAGUGCGCUUAAUUGGGUCACUUCCACUAAUUGGUCAAAUAAAUUAUUAUUGAUAAUGAAAAUAAUCAACAAUGAAUUUCCUUAUCAAUUAAUUAGUUGGAUAUGUGUGGCGUGCACAAUACGUUUUUUUCAGUGAUGUCACUAUAGUAGUUAAAAAGUUGUUUGUAUGAUAACUAAUUUGAGACAAGUUGAAAUGGGGGGGAAAAGAAACAUGUCCCAAGUUGUCCAGCACAUGGGAGACCUUUUUAAACAUUAAAAAGACAAUCUUAAACAUACAGUUUAAUGUGGAGCAGUUGCAGCAUCAGGUGCAUUGACAGAGUGCUUGUGCUGUUUAAAGCGCUUGAGAGCUGUUUCUCUCUAGCCCUUCACCUACAUUUUACUGUUAUUUUCCGUUUUAUAAUGUAUAAAUGUUAUGAAUUCAAGAUCGGGCGCAUAUUUUUAUUUUGCAAAAAUGUUUGUAGAACAAUGCAACGGGGUAUUAUUUGAUGGUCCUGACCCCUGAAAAGGCCAAAUGGGAUGGAACUUUCACCAUUUAACAAUUUUAACUGUUUAUAUUUAUAGUAUGGCAAACAUUAUUUUACUGGAUAAGCAUUAACUGUCUUGCAUUUUUGUGAAGAAUAUUUUUAAAAGAAAUGUAAUCCGUUAAUAUAUUGUUUUAAAACGUACAAUAUUAAUUUCAAAUAAAUAAAUUGUAUGUAAUCAGUGACAGUGUGCAAGUGUAUGUAUCGAACAUAAUUCUGUAUUUUCAGCUAAGCAGAAUUUCUAUUUCUAUUUUGCAUGUUUUAGAAGUUAUUAAAAACAAACAUUCAAACUUCACUGUUCUUAAUUCAGGCUUUGUAAAAUAUGGUUAGAGUAUCGAAAUGUGAAUUCAGUAUCAUUAAUCGAACCGAAUCAUGAGAUGAGUGAGUCAUUACACCCUUAAUAAUCUUUGUUUUUAAUAAAUGCACAUUAAUAAAAUACAGGAAAUAAAAAUGUGCUUUUUUUUAAUCCUAUUAAUUGAUUAACGGAGAAAAAAAAAAAACAGAAAAAAUAUUAAUUGAUUUUCAAAAUAAUUGUUUGUUGCAUCCCCUAUGCAAACUGUUUCAAAUGUGUUUUAACUAUUAAAGUAUGUGUGUAAGGAA